UCUGUUUUCUCAACUGACACCUUCUUUGUGCAAUUUCCUCAAAGUCGCUCAUGUAAAAUCCCGUUACUUUACUUUCGUAAUUCAUUUAACAAAGGCAUUUACUAUUUGCGACUGUGGACUGCGGUCAGUGUUACAGUUCUGGGAGGGAUAAUCUAGCGUUGAGUUCAGUGACACCAUUUCGGAGUUUUUAUAUUGUGAUAGUAUUUUAUCGAUUUUAACCUUCUUGUGCAACAUAUUGUUUUUAUGCUGUUUAUUUAUUAGUGUUAUCGUGUUACUGACGAGCCAGCAGCAAGAUUUUUGUGACGAAGUCCCAGUUAAGAGGGAGCCGUGUCUUGGGGGAAAAGCAACCCGGGCACUACGGUGGCCCCAGACACACCAGCACCAGCGCCCCAGCCCCCGGGGGUGCUGGAGAUGACGGGCUCUGACAACAUCCGCUUCAGCGGCCACACCCUCGACAAGGCCACCAAGGCGAAGGUGACCCUCGAGAACUUCUAUACGAAUCUCAUUACACAGCACUAUGAGAGGAAACAGAGGCUGGAGAAAUUGGAGGAGUCGCUCAAAGAUGAAAGCUUAACAGAGAGCCAGAAGCAAGAGAAGAGACAGCAACAUGCGCAAAAAGAAACAGAGUUUCUGAGGCUCAAGCGCUCCAGACUCGGCGUUGAAGACUUCGAACCGCUAAAAGUUAUCGGUCGAGGCGCUUUCGGGGAGGUACGCUUGGUGCAGAAAAAAGACACGGGCCACGUCUACGCCAUGAAAAUAUUAAGGAAAGCUGACAUGUUGGAGAAGGAACAGGUAGCCCACGUGAGAGCCGAAAGAGACAUCCUAGUGGAAGCCGACCACCAAUGGGUGGUGAAGAUGUACUAUAGCUUCCAAGAUCCCAUGAACCUCUACCUCAUCAUGGAAUUCCUGCCCGGUGGUGACAUGAUGAUGCUUCUCAUGAAGAAAGACACCCUCAGCGAGGAGUGCGCUCAGUUCUACGUAGCGGAGACGGCGCUAGCUAUAGACAGUAUACAUAAACUUGGAUUUAUACACAGAGACAUAAAACCUGACAACCUGCUGCUGGACGCACGUGGUCACAUCAAGCUCAGCGACUUCGGUCUCUGCACGGGCCUGAAGAAGAGUCACCGCACCGACUUCUACCGCGACCUGUCCAGGGCGACGCCUUCUGACUUCAAUUUCUUUUCAGUAUCCACUACAUCGUCUGCCAUGGACUCUAAGAGACGCGCUGAAUCGUGGAAGAGAAAUAGGCGAGCCCUGGCAUACUCCACCGUUGGCACACCUGACUACAUUGCACCUGAAGUCUUCCUGCAGACCGGAUAUGGACCGCAGGCGGAUUGGUGGAGCCUUGGCGUUAUCAUGUACGAGAUGCUGAUCGGCUACCCGCCGUUCUGCUCCGACACGCCACAGGAGACUUACAGGAAGGUGAUGUCGUGGCGGGAAUCCCUCACCUUCCCCCCGGAAAUACCCAUCAGCGAGGAGGCCAGGGAGACCAUACUGCGCUUUUGCUCGGAGCCUGAUCGCAGACUUGGCUCGCAGCGAGGCAUAGAGGACGUGAAAUCUGUCCAAUUCUUCCGCGGCGUGGACUGGUCGCACGUCCGCGAGCGCCCCGCGGCCAUUACUGUCGACGUCCGCUCCAUAGACGACACGUCCAACUUCGACGAUUUCCCCGAUGUUAAACUUGAGAUACCAUCAGCGCCCACAACUCAAGACGGUGAAGUGGCAUACAAAGACUGGGUUUUCAUCAACUACACCUUCAAGAGAUUCGAGGGUCUCACCCAGAGGGGGACCCCCACCAAGAAAUGAACUCACACCCCCAAACAACGGUACAUAUUCACUUAAUCAGCACCCGUGGGAUAGAUCAGAUUUGCCAAAUGUUAAAGCUUGUGCUGCCUUGCUGAGUCGAGAGCACUAAUUGCCCUUAGUCCUUAUUUCCUAGUGUUAAGAUAUAGUUUGCACACGGGCAUUAUAAGCUGCCCGGAUAGACGUUUUAGUUUAGUAAGGACAACUUAUAUUUAUUGUAAUGAAUACUCUAUAAUUUAUGUCCAUGUUCUAAUUUGUAUGUUAUAGAGAUAAAGGUGCGUCUGAUUUGACGAGAGUGACCGGGACAGAAGUACCGUAGGCUAGUACAUUAUCAUGCCAAGUAUACAAGAGAGUUUUCUGAGAGAUAGAGAGGAUGUCAUGACAUGCCAUUCCGUGACAAUGUCCGGUCAUAGUCAGGCGACACUCUGGACGCACCCUAAUGUAUUAAAAGAACAAUGUAUUAUUGACAUUCGAUUGCCCUAGAAUGCCCUAGAUGUUCGCAUAGACUAGAUGGUUCAUCGUUCGUCUUUAGUGUUUGCCUAUAUUAUGCAUUUAAAGUUGUUCCUGUUUUCGUAAGCUACGUAUUAAAAGUAUCUUUAUCCCCGGAAGUGCAGUAUUUUGUCAAUAUGUACUGAGUGUCAAAGUAUAUAAAGCGUCGGAGGCGAUUUCGAAUGAAAUUUGGAUAUUUUUCUUAACACGAAAUGAACUAAAAUAAAGUAAUAUUAUUUAUUGACAAAAAAUUAUAUUUUUUAUUUUAUUCAUAUAUGAAAUAUUGAAAGAGCUAAUUCUAUUUUUAAUGCUAUAGAUUAUACACACACGCAGCUGUCCAGUAACCAUAGUGUCGUAUGGCCGAAAUAGCAUUAUUCUCUCUUUCUGCGAACAAAAAUAUAUUCUUUCACUUGAAAUUACAGUGUAAAUAAUAUAUUAUGGGAAACGAGAAUUAUAUUGACAAUAUUAUAAUAAUUUAUAAGGGUCUGUGCACAAAGCAAUGAGAUAGCAUACUACUGUUGGUAGUCUUGAUUCAAUUUUAAAAUGCAUUGAGUUUUGACCGUUUUGUAACUGAAAAGAAAAACGAUUUGAAGAAAGAUUAUAACAGUUAUCAUUAUUCUGCUAUAAGUAAGUUGCAGAAAAACGUGAAGAUUUCUUCGCCAAAAUGCGAUAUGAUAUGCUGAAUUUCAUUUGAAAUUUCCUUAGCGGUAUAAUAUUUUGUUAAAAAGCUUUAUAUUAAGGCUAUAUCGAUGCUUCUGCAGUAUCCAAUAUGCUUGGGCUUUUCGUAACAUUUCCGGGAAAUUUCCGAAAAGUCGGAUUUUCCCAAAAAUGCCGACAGCCUAAAAGUUUAGCGUACCCUCACAUGUAAAUACAUACUUAAAUGUGUUCACAU